AUCCAUUCUUAUCUUACACUGAUGCUGUAAAGCUUCACGGUCCCUGCAGAGUAAAGUCUCGAGUCUUCAGUCUGCAAACAUCCAUGGCAUUUUCUAAGUCGUCUUCUUCCUUCAUUCACCCUCAACUCCUCCAUAUCGUGGCCAAAAUGACUCUCUUUGACACCUUCUUGUUCUAUAUUGUGCACUUCGUGGACAAGCUGGGGGUGUGGCAUAGGCUGCCAGUGCUCUUGGGGCUUGCCUACUUGGGAAUCAGAAGGCAUUUGCACCAACGUUACAAUCUGCUGCACGUGGGGGGAGUCAAUGGGGGGAGAUAUGAUACUGAAGAGUUCUGUUAUAGAACAGCUGAUGGAAAAUGUAACCACCCCAUCGAUGAUCAGAUUGGCAGUCAAGGAACUCUUUUUGGCCGCAACAUGCCUCCUUCCACUUCUUCAUAUCGGUUGCUGGAGCCUCACCCAACAGUUGUGGCCACAAAGCUUUUGGCAAGGAAGAAGUUCAUAGAUAAUGGGAAGCAAUUCAACUUGAUAGCAUGCUCGUGGGUACAGUUUAUGAUUCAUGAUUGGAUUGAUCAUAUGGAGGACACCCAACAGAUAGAGAUUAAAGCUCCCAGUGAUAUUGCCAGUGGGUGCCCAUUGAAGUCAUUCAAGUUCUUCAAGAGCAAAAGCAUUCCCACUGGUUCACCCCACAUGGAGGAUGGCUUUUUGAAUACAAGGACACCUUGGUGGGAUGGGAGUGUAAUCUAUGGGAAUAAUGAUGAUGGAAUGAGAAGAGUGAGGACAUUCAAAGAUGGCAAAUUGAAGAUAUCAAAUGAUGGGCUUCUUGAACAUGAUGGGAAAGGGAUUCCUAUCUCUGGUGAUGUUAGGAAUUGCUGGGCUGGCUUCUCCCUCUUACAAGCCUUAUUUGUUAAAGAACACAAUGCUGUUUGUGACAUGCUAAAAGUACAUCACCCUGAAUUUGAUGAUGAGAGACUCUAUCGACAUGCAAGACUGGUGACUUCAGCUGUCAUUGCUAAAAUACAUACCAUUGAUUGGACUGUUGAGCUCUUAAAAACCGAUACUCUUUUGGCUGGGAUGAGAAUCAACUGGUAUGGAUUUAUGGGGAAGAAAUUCAAGGAUUCAUUUGGACAUAUUUUGGGGCCAAUACUAAGUGGAUUGGUUGGUCUUAAGAAGCCAAGAGACCACGGAGUUCCUUAUUCCCUAACUGAAGAGUUUGUUAGUGUAUACAGAAUGCAUGCUCUUUUACCCGAUGAACUCCAUAUCCGCGACACAAACUCUAGCAACACUGCUUCAGAAGGCGAAUGCCCGCCUCUCAUAGAAGAAGUGCCUAUGAGGGAAAUGGUGGGGCUAGAAGGCGAGAAAAGACUGUCAAAAAUUGGGAUGGAGAAGAUGAUGGUGUCAAUGGGGCAUCAGGCAAGUGGAGCUAUGGCCCUGUGGAACUAUCCUUCAUGGAUGAGGAACCUUGUUGCUCAUGAUGUCAAUGGAGAAGAUAGACCUGAUCUAGUUGAUAUGGCUGCCUUGGAAAUUUAUAGAGAUAGAGAAAGGGGAGUUGCUCGGUAUAAUGAGUUCAGAAGAAACUUACUGAUGAUUCCAAUUAGCAAAUGGGAAGAUCUGACAGAUGAUGAAAAGGUUGUUGAAGCUCUCUGUGAAGUGUAUGGAGAUGAUGUGGAGAAGCUCGACCUGCUAGUCGGCCUACAUGCAGAGAAGAAGAUCAAAGGCUUCGCCAUCUGCGAGACCGCUUUCUUCAUCUUUCUCCUCAUUGCAUCAAGGAGGUUGGAAGCAGACCGGUUUUUCACUACCAACUUCAACUCUCAAACCUACACAAGGAGUGGCCUAGACUGGGUUAACAAGACAGAGACCUUGCAAGAUGUUCUGGACAGACACUUCCCAGACAUGACAAAAAAAUGGAUGAGAUGUUCCAGUGCAUUUUCAGUGUGGGAUUCUACGCCAACCCCAACAAACUACAUACCCCUGUAUCUAAGACCUGCCCCCUAAGACUCUUUCUGGUUGCUGAUAUGCAAAUAUUUCAGAAACUGAUUGGGGUUCUACCUUGAGAAAAUCUCCUUGCAUACAUAAAACUGGUAGCUAAUGUUUUGAGUGAAGGAAAAUGGAGCAUGAUCUGCAGAAGUAGGCAAAAUAUACAGAGAUAUCUGCAGACAAGUUUCUUCAUCUGUUGUAUAUCCAAAUAGUAUAAUAAUGCAUCUGGGUUUGGUGUAAUUUCAUCAGUAGAUGUGUAAAUGAAGAACAACAGAGGAAAGA